UAUCACAUGCGGGACACCAAGGUCGCAGUUUGCUGCCUCCACCCUCUGAGAACAAUCCCAGAGCUGUGUUAGCCCCUAGACGGACCGGAGCACGCGAGGCGGAAAAGGAGGUUGGGAAAAGGGAGUCCUCAGCUCUGCUUCCCUGCAGCCGGGCGGUUCUCCUAGCCUUUAGCUCCCUCCUUGCCACUCCGCGCUCCACAAACUUUCGGAGUUUUCCUGCACUUGCGUCACGGAAAAGGCAGAUGGAUGACCAAGUCCAGGAGGCGAAGCUCGGCAGCGGCUGGCGAGCUCCCCCGCGCGGCGCUCCAACCCGGGCGAGAAGCGGCUCUGGGCGCCGGCUACUCGGCUGCUGAAAGCUCGCAGCUCCCCGACUCCCGGGUCCAUUUCCUGGAUCCCGGCCACCCGGACUGAACCCGAGAAAGGGAGGGCACCCGCCAGAAGGAAAGUGAGCGGAAGGCCGGCGGUGGCACCCUGGCCGCGGGAGGGCGGAGCUGUGCGGUCCCUGCCCGGCCAGGACGCACGGAAGUGCGGUAGAGUUUGUUGAAUUCCGUAGCCUGCUUUCCCUCCCUCAUUCCUCCCUCCCUCUCUUUCUCCACCCCUUACCUCCCCUACAGCUUUAACCUCCUUCCUCGGAACGCCACCUCCUGGACUCCUCCCCUCCCCUUUUCUCUUUUCUUUCUUUCUUUUUCUUUUUUGUUUUUCUUUUUUCUUUUUUGAAGGGAGGGUGUUUGUUUGUUUUGGAUCUGGCUUCCUGCUGGCAGCGCUGAAGGGCUGCAAGUGAAGGGUAAGGAAGCCAGAGGCUGGGGGCUCAGCUACUCAGCUAGUCCCUCUCGGGUCGGAUCCAGAGGGCAUCGGGGAGAACGAACCUACGGACGGACGGACAAACACCCGGCCACACCAUCUAUUCGACAGAGCUCUAUCUACCGAUUGCUGUUGAGUGUUUGGGGGCUCAUCAGGGGCGGGGGCGGUGAUGGUGGAGGUUUCUACUAGCGUUACUUCUGGACGGGGGUUCUGGGAUUCCGAUCCGGGUCAGCUUCGUACUCCGAAACUGCCGAGGAAUUAGGCAAACAAAAGAGGCACUGAGAGAAAGAGGCCAGAAGUCCUCUGUGCCGCUUGUCGCGCUCCCUUGUUAUCUAGGGGUGGGGGCUGGACUUUUGCAGGGCGGGAAGAGGGCACCAGAGCGGGUGGAGACGGGGUCGCACCCCCUAGGUCGAGGUAGUUAUCGGCCGGUUGUGCAAGCUUUGGCCCUUGUUUUCCUGGCCUGGCUCGUUUGGAGGCCGGACACAUCCACCCUUGGAAUUGGUUCAGGAUUCUGCUGUUAUUCUCCUUGCCCCUCUUGGAUUUUCUGGAUUCUUGAAGACGCAGUGGCCCGAGAGGAGAGAGGAAGGAGGAAGGAACAGAUCUCCAGAGGAAUGUGAGAGCCUCCCAAAGCCGGAGCAGGCAGCCAUGUUCCAGUGGAAAGUGUCCGUUGCAUUCUAGUAGAGCUGUUUUCUCCAAGUCAUUUGACUUUUCUGCUUGGUGCGUGAGGAGGGAGAGACUCGGUCCUUUUCAGGGGCUGCAAAGGGAGGGGAGAAAGACUGUGGCCAUGACCAACUCCUCCCUGCUUACAGGCAGAUAUCCCAAGGCAGUUUCUGGACCAUAGACACUUCUUUGACCAAAAGGCAGCUAGGCAACAUCUGUGCAUGCUGAGACCCUGCCCAAGGGGCUUGGUAGGGCACCCUAGACUUGGAACUGCAAGUACUUUUUUGGAGGACACCCUGCUGAACAUUCCGGGUCUGGGCAAGGCAUUUUCCUCCCAGUCUUGACCUAACAGAUAGCCUAGCCAUGGCACUGAAAGGCCGAGCCCUCUAUGAUUUCCACAGUGAGAACAAGGAGGAAAUCAGUAUCCAGCAGGAUGAAGACCUGGUUAUCUUCAGUGAGACCUCACUGGACGGCUGGCUGCAGGGACAGAACAGCCGUGGGGAGACAGGGCUCUUCCCUGCCUCUUAUGUUGAGAUUGUCCGUCCUGGCAUCAACACCAACCAUGUGGAUUAUUCCAACAUCCCUGCAGGCUCCCUGGGCACCCAGGUGAGUUUGUAUAGCAGCCCUAGUAUGGCCAGUCCAGCCAGAAGUGGUGGGGGCAGCGGCUACCUCUCAAACCAAGGAAGCUUUGAGGAUGAUGAUGAUGAUGACUGGGAUGACUGGGAUGACGGAUGCACAGUGGUGGAAGAGCCACUGGCUGGUGGUCUAGGUACCAAUGGGCACCCUCCACUCAACCUCUCCUAUCCGGGUGCCUACCCCAACCAGCAUAUGGCUUUCCGACCCAAGGCACCCCUGGAAAGACAGGACAGUCUGGCGUCCGCCAAGCGGGGAAGUGUGGUAGGACGGAACCUUAAUCGUUUCUCAUGCUUUGUACGCUCUGGGGUGGAGGCCUUCAUCCUUGGUGAUGUGCCCAUGAUGGCCAAGAUUGCAGAGACAUACCCCAUUGAGAUGGGCCCACGAGGCCCUCAGUGGAAGGCCAACCCCCACCCAUUUGCCUGCUCCAUAGAGGACCCUACCAAACAGACCAAGUUCAAAGGCAUUAAAAGUUACAUCUCCUACAAGCUUACACCCACCCAUGCUGGCUCGCCUGUCUACCGGCGCUACAAACACUUUGACUGGCUCUACAACCGCCUUCUGCACAAGUUCACAGUGAUCUCAGUGCCCCACCUGCCUGAGAAGCAGGCCACAGGCCGCUUUGAGGAGGACUUCAUUGAGAAGCGCAAACGGAGGCUCAUCCUUUGGAUGGACCACAUGACCAGCCACCCUGUGCUCUCCCAGUACGAGGGCUUCCAGCACUUCCUCAGCUGCCUGGAUGACAAGCAGUGGAAGAUGGGUAAACGCCGAGCAGAGAAGGAUGAGAUGGUGGGUGCCAGUUUUCUGCUCACCUUCCAGAUCCCCACAGAGCACCAGGAUCUGCAGGAUGUAGAGGACCGCGUGGAUACAUUCAAGGCUUUCAGUAAGAAGAUGGAUGACAGCGUCCUGCAGCUUAGCACUGUGGCGGCAGAGCUGGUACGGAAGCACGUGGGUGGCUUCCGUAAGGAGUUCCAGAAGCUCGGCAGUGCCUUCCAGGCCAUUAGCCAUGCCUUCCAGAUGGACCCUCCCUUUAGGUCUGAGGCUCUCAAUAAUGCCAUCUCUCACACUGGCCGGACCUAUGAAACUGUUGGCGAGAUGUUUGCUGAACAACCUAAGCAUGACCUCUUCCAAAUGCUUGACACUUUGUCUCUCUACCAGGGCCUACUCUCCAACUUCCCUGACAUUAUCCACCUGCAGAAAGGUGCCUUUGCUAAGGUGAAGGAAAGCCAGCGCAUGAGUGAUGAGGGCCGCAUGGCUCAGGAAGAGGCAGAUGGCAUUCGCAGGCGCUGCCGAGUGGUAGGCUUCGCCCUGCAGGCCGAGAUGAACCAUUUCCACCAGCGCCGUGAGCUCGACUUCAAGCACAUGAUGCAAAGCUACCUGCGUCAGCAGAUCCUUUUCUACCAGCGGGUAGGCCAGCAGCUGGAGAAGACCCUCCGCAUGUAUGACCACCUCUGACAGACUCUGUCCAGCUAUGCAGGGCCUCUUCCCACCUGUCCACCCCACUCCUGUCAUUAGCGGUGGCUCUGGUGCCCAGGGCAGGUGAGGUGAGUGGCCUGUUCUUUCUAGGAGAAGACAAGGGACUUUUGAUAAGUCCGGGUAUCCCUGGAGUACCUUUCCCUGACUUUAGAGAUGGAUGAAUCGUUCUCUGAGCCAAAGCCUGGGCUGCUGGUCAGUCCCCAAGGAUCAAGCUUCUCGGGAGCCUAUAGUGCACAGUCACCUGGCCACCACACCCUGUUCAUUCCGUGGACUCCAUAGACUGCUGUGGCCUUGGCUGAGACAUUGGUGACCAAGGCUGGAACUUGCUUCUUUUCAAGAUGGAUACCAGACAAUGCAGAAUGACAGGUGACACUUAAAGAUUCAUGGAAACUCCUCAAAGGACCACAGAACUCUGCUGGUGGGAGGGUUGGGGAGGGGGACACUUCAUGGAGUAGGUGACAUUCCAGCAAUAUCUGGAAGAAUUACAAGGACCGGCAAAAGACAGUAAAUGGAAUGAAAGACACUUUGGGCAGAAGAGCUAUGUGGUCCCUCCUCUUAACUUUCCCAAAGCAAGUUUGGUGUCCUCUCUGUGGGUUGUGAUCUAUAUGACAGAGGGGAGGGAUCAUCCUUGCUCUGUGGUCCCUGGUUUUCCUGCCCUACCCAUGCCUCUGCAGGAGGGACUGCAGGCCAACUCCCUCCUAUAAGCCUUGGAUUCUUCAAUAUCUUGGUUGAGGGACCCUCCUACUUUUCCUUGUUUAGGGGACCAUGCAACAACUUUCCCUUCUCUAGGCUCAAGGUGCUCAAUCCGGGGAGCACUAGGCCCUGGUGGAGUUCUGGAGGGAACUCUCAAAGGUAACCAGCAGUGACUCCCCAUUCUCCUAGCACAUCCAGGCACCUUUGUUUCUGUGGCUUGGUCUUCUCAAAUUACUCCCGUUGCACAGUGGGAAAUCUGACAGAAAGAUACUGAAAACUCAACCCCCAUGUGUGGCCAGACUCACUGGUCAGUUUGUGCAGUCACCCACCUAUGUUUACAUCCUCCAGGAAUUACUGCCCUGUAUCCCUCAGGUGUGGGUGUGGCCCAGCAGCUUGUUGGGAAAGUGAUCCCCCCCCCCCUUGCCUCCCUGGGAAGCCAUGUUCUGCUCCUAGGUCCUGCUGCUUGACUCUUUUCUUGAUAAACCUUUUACAGUUAACGGAA